AUGAAGAUCUCUCGAACUUCAUUCAAAAGACAACUACGCUUGAAAUACCCACCUAUAUACCUUUUCAUCCGCCCGCGUUCUCUCUCCUCGCUUAAAUACGGCCCUGACGAUGCCUUCUCUCAUAUCUGGUCUUUCAAUAAAGCCGGACAAUCACUCAUUCCAAACUCUCUUUGCGAAUCCCUUGGUCUUCCCACUAGGUUUUCGAACGAAACGAAGAGUUCUACUGGCAUGGAGAAACAUAUAGAGACUCCCAUAAAUGGCAAGUUUCACGAGGAUUCGACCCCAAGAGCGCAGAUUUUACUCACUUUCUCGGAUAUCCUGUCUUUGAAGUCGACCAGCUAUCGAGCUGCUCCGAAGAAGACAAACACAAUAUGUUUAUGGUUCCCCAAGAACUGCAAAUAA